AUGGUAGACCAAUUAGGAGCCUGUGGCAACACUCUAGGGAGACAUGAGGAAGACCUGGCUGAAGACCGUAGGCCUGAGAGCUUCCUAGCUGAGGCCAGCCCAGAAGCUCUACCUCAGAGAUCUGAGGAAAUUGCAGAUUUCAGUCUGGAAAAGGACCAAGAGGUGGAGAUGGGAAGCGUUCAUGAAAAUAGGGGGCGACCAGGACCAAUUGGAAUUCAAGGUCCAGCGGGCGCUCAAGGAUUUGCUGGCCCUAGUGGUUUAGCAGGAUUGAAAGGAGAAAGGGGUUCCCCAGGCCCCCUGGGACCGUAUGGACCAAAAGGAGAUAAGGGUCCCAUGGGAGUUCCUGGCUUUCUAGGCAUCAGUGGGAUUCCAGGCCAGCCCGGACAGCCAGGGCCCAGGGGCCCACCUGGCCUGGAUGGCUGUAAUGGCACUCAAGGAGCUGUUGGAUAUCCAGGCCCUGAGGGCUAUCCUGGGCUUCUCGGACUACCCGGGCUUCCUGGGCGGAAAGGCUCUAAAGGCGAACCUGUCUUUGACCAAAGUACUUUCAAGGGAAUGAAGGGGGAGCCUGGGCUGCCUGGACUGGAUGGAAUCACUGGUCCACCAGGAACACCUGGUUCCCCAGGAGCUGUAGGACCCAUGGGACCACCAGGAUUGCAAGGUCCUCCAGGCCCCCCAGGCUUCCCUGGUCCUGAUGGGAAUAUGGGGUUAGGUUUCCAAGGAGAGAAAGGAGUCAAGGGGGAUGUUGGCCUCCCAGGCCCUGCAGGACCCCCACCAUCUACUGGGGAGCUGGAAUUUAUGGGAUUUCCCAAAGGGAAAAAAGGAUCCAAGGGUGAACCAGGGCUUCCAGGUUUCCCGGGAAUAAGUGGCCCUCCGGGUCUCCCGGGAUUUGGAACUGCUGGAGAAAAAGGAGAAAAGGGAAUCCUUGGCUUCCCAGGACUUAGGGGUCCCGUGGGUUUGGAAGGAUUCCAAGGCCCUCCAGGCAGUCAGGGCAAGAAGGGGGCCUCAGGUUUCCCUGGGCUUAAUGGAUUCCCAGGAAUGAAGGGUGAAAAGGGUGCCAUUGGCUUGCCAGGCCCAGAUGUUUUCAUCGAUACAGAUGGUGCUGUGAUCUCAGGUUAUCCUGGAGACCCCGGUAUGCCAGGCCUCCCAGGACUUAAAGGAGAUGAAGGCAUCCAGGGCCAGCCUGGCCCUUCUGGUGUCCCCGGCUUACUGGCUUUACCAGGUAUCCCAGGUGCCCUAGGGCCCCAAGGAGUUCCAGGUCUGAAGGGGGACCAAGGAAACCGAGGCCGCACCACAGUUGGGACAGCUGGCCCCCCUGGCAGAGAUGGUUUGCCAGGCCUGCCUGGCCUACCAGGCCCACCUGGUCCCACAUUUGAGACUGGAACCCUACAGAAUGCAGAGCCAGGCUUCCCUGGUCUCCGAGGAGAACAAGGUCCAAAAGGAAACCCUGGCCUCAAAGGAAUGAAAGGGGACUUGGGCUUCUGUGCCUGUGAUGGUGGUAUCCCUAACACUGGACCACCUGGGGAUCCAGGCCUGCCUGGGCCCCCCGGCCUCAUAGGCCUUCCAGGCAUUAAAGGAAUCAGAGGAGAUCCAGGCUCUGGGGGUGCACAGGGCCCAUCAGGGUCUCCAGGUUUAUUUGGGCCUCGCGGUCCUGUGGGCCCCAAAGGAGAGAAAGGGGAACCGACUCUCAGUUCAGGAUCAGGGGUGCCAGGGGAGCAGGGUGAUCCUGGCCCCCAGGGGCUCCCUGGGGAGACCGGAGCCCCAGGCAAGGAUGGAAUACCCGGCUUACCAGGUCUGCCAGGACUCCCGGGUGAUGGUGGACAGGGCUUCCCAGGUGAAAAGGGCUUCCCAGGACUUCCUGGUGAAAAGGGCCACAGUGGUCCAAUUGGCCCCCCAGGAAUUGGGCUGCCGGGAUCUCCUGGACCUCGAGGGCUUCCUGGAGAUCAAGGAAUCAAUGGAUUACCAGGUCAACAAGGCCUCCCUGGGCUUCCCGGUGACUGCUGCUGCAGGGAGAGCAUUGGUAAAGGAGACUUAGUCACAGAGGGAGGGAUCACCUUGCCAUGUAUAAUUCCUGGGUCCUAUGGUCCAUCAGGCUUACCAGGAGUUCCCGGAUUCCCAGGCCCUAAAGGGGCCCGUGGCCUCCCUGGGACCCCAGGCCAGCCUGGACUGCGUGGGAAUAAAGGAGAGCCUGGAAGUCCAGGAUUGGUUCACCUUCCUGAAUUGCCAGGAUUUCCUGGACCUCGUGGGGAGAAGGGCUUGCCUGGGUUUCCUGGGCUUCCUGGAAAAGAUGGCUUGCCCGGGAAACUUGGCAGUCCAGGUAUACCCGGUUCCAAGGGAGCACCCGGUGACAUCUUUGGUGCUGAGGACGGUGCUCCGGGAGAGCAAGGCCUUCAGGGAUUGCCAGGGGACAGAGGAUUUCCUGGAGACUCUGGCCUUCCAGGACCCAAGGGUUUGCUUGGGAAGUCAGGCCUGCUAGGCCCCAAAGGUGAGCGGGGCAGCCCCGGCAUGCCGGGCCACGUGGGACAGCCAGGGCCCCCAGGGCCUCAGGGUCUGUUUGGCAUCAAGGGCAAACCUGGGCUCCCAGGUGCACCAGGCUUUCCCGGCCCUUCAGGACGUCCUGGAAAGAAAGGUGUAAGAGGCGAGACAGGUCCCCCCUCAUCCUCUGGAAAGAGAGGCCUGCCAGGGCUGAAAGGCUUUCCAGGAUCUCCAGGGCUGGUUGGCUUCUUGGGGAGCUCAGGCUUGCCAGGGAACACUGGGUUGCCAGGCCUGCCAGGUCCGAAGGGUGAGAAGGGGUCUGCCGGGCUGGCUGGCUUUCCGGGGAUGCCUGGUCUCCCUGGUAUUCCUGGCGCAAGUGGAUUAAAGGGAAUUUCUGGCUCUGCCGGAAGAGUGGGACCAUCUGGACGGGCUGGUAGUGCUGGUAAAAAAGGAGACCGAGGCGACCCAGGGCCAGUUGGAAUACCCAGCCCAAGACCUCCCAUGGUGAACCUCUGGUUCAAAGGAGACAAAGGCUCGAGAGGCUCAGCUGGAUCGGAUGGAUUUCCUGGGCCCAGAGGUGACAAAGGAGAGGCUGGCCUCCCCGGACCACCAGGCUUGCCUGGAGCUCCUGGCUUCCCUAGUACCAUCAAGGGACUCACUGGGAGAGCUGGCAUCCCUGGCUCCCCCGGACAACGGGGCUUACCCGGCUUGAAGGGGUCCCCUGGAAUCACAGGUUUCCCAGGAAUACCAGGGGAAAGCGGUUCACAGGGCCUUAGUGGAGCUCCCGGACUCCCAGGAACAUUUGGUCUCCCAGGUUCAAAAGGAGAUCAAGGUCAGACAUUUGGCAUUUCCGGUAGCCCAGGGCCCAAGGGACAACCUGGGGAGUCUGGUUUUAAAGGCGUGAAAGGAACAGAUGGAAUCAUUGGUGAUGUGGGUUUCCCAGGAAGCAAAGGUGAAGAUGGGAAUGUUGGGAUUUCUGGAGAUGUUGGCCUUCCUGGCUCCCCAGGGCUCCCCGGGACUGCAGGCAUGAGAGGAAAUCCAGGGUUUCCAGGUUCUCCAGGCCAUCCAGGGGUACCUGGGCCCCUGGGACCCUCUGGCCUAAUGGGAACCAAAGGUUUCCCUGGACUUCCUGGUUUACAUGGACUGAAUGGGCUUCCAGGAACCAAGGGAACCCAUGGAAAUCCAGGACCUAGUAUAACCGGCGUGCCUGGGCCAGCUGGCCUGCCUGGUCCCAAAGGGGAAAGAGGUUCUCCAGGAACUGGCCUCGGAGCCCCAGGGAAGCCAGGCAUGAAAGGACAAAAAGGUGGCCGAGGUUUCCCAGGUCUCCAGGGUCCUGCUGGUCUGCCCGGUUCCCCAGGCCUCUCCUUGCCCUCAGUCAUAGUGGGACAGCCUGGCGACCCUGGGCAACCAGGCCUAGAUGGAGAGCGAGGCCGCCCCGGCUCCCCGGGGCCCCCAGGGCCCCCUGGGCCAUCCUCUGAUCAAGGUGACCCUGGAGACCCUGGCUUCCCUGGAGUUCCUGGCCCUCAAGGGCCCACGGGAGACCAAGGAAUUCCAGGUUUCUCCGGCCUCCCUGGAGAGCUAGGACUGAAAGGCGUGAGAGGUGAGCCUGGCUUCAUGGGGACUCCAGGCAAAGUUGGGCCACCUGGAGACCCAGGACUUCCUGGAAUAAAGGGGAAGGCAGGGCCCAGAGGCUUUUCCGGACCCCAAGGUGCUCCUGGACAAACACCAAUUACAGAAGCUGUUCAGGUUCCUCCUGGACCCAUGGGUCUACCAGGCAUCGAUGGCAUCCCUGGCCUCACGGGAGAUCCUGGGGUUCAAGGCCCUGUAGGCCUCCAAGGCUCCAAAGGUUUACCUGGCAUCCCUGGCAAAGAUGGCCUCAACGGACUUCCCGGCCCGCCUGGCGCUCUCGGUGACCCUGGUCUUCCUGGACUACAAGGCCCUCCAGGAUUUGAAGGCGCUCCAGGGAAGAAGGGUCCUUUCGGGAGGGCUGGAGUGCCUGGGCAGAGCGUGAGAGUGGGGUACACCUUGGUGAAGCACAGCCAGUCGGAACAGGUGCCCCUGUGCCCUGCCGGGAUGAGCCAGCUGUGGGUAGGUUACAGCUUGCUGUUCGUGGAGGGACAGGAGAAAGCCCACAACCAGGACCUGGGCUUUGCUGGCUCCUGCCUGCCCCGCUUCAGCACCAUGCCCUUCAUCUACUGCAACAUGGACGAAGUGUGCCACUACGCCGGGCGUAAUGACAAAUCCUACUGGCUCUCCACCACCGCCCCCAUUCCCAUGAUGCCCGUGGGCCAGGCCCAGAUCCCCCAGUACAUCAGCCGCUGCUCUGUGUGCGAGGCACCCUCACAGGCCAUCGCUGUGCACAGCCAGGAUGUCACCAUCCCGCGGUGCCCCCUGGGCUGGCGCAGCCUCUGGAUCGGGUACUCCUUCCUCAUGCAUACCGCGGCGGGCGCCGAGGGUGGCGGCCAGUCCCUGGUGUCCCCGGGCUCCUGCCUGGAGGAUUUCCGAGCCACUCCCUUCAUCGAGUGCAGCGGGGCCCGGGGCACCUGCCACUACUUUGCCAACAAGUACAGUUUCUGGCUGGCGACGGUGGAAGAGAGGCAGCAGUUUAGGGAGGAAGCGGCGUCUGAGGCGCUCAAGGCCGGGCAGCUCCACACCCGCGCCAGCCGCUGCCAGGUGUGUAUGAAAAGCCUGUAG